GCGGGAUGGUGGCACUCCACGCCAGCCUCACGCAGAGGGUGAAGGGAGGAUAGCCACAUGCCUUACCAACUUGGUGACUCCAAGUCUUGACCCAAGAGGCUCCACUCCCGCUUCACUCAACAAAACUCUCUUCGCUCUUUAGAGUCCAGACUGGAUAAGUGUUUCGCUACCAGUACCAGCAGUGUCAUCCUCUCGGACUGAUUUCCGAGCUUUCCGAUUGACCAGCUGCCUGUCGACCUAGCGGCUCGCAGCGACUCAAGUGCAGCUCUGGGUGCAGUACACGUUAGUGCUCCACUCAAAGUUGGAAGAAAAAGGCAGCGCUGUCACCUGCCAAAAGGACUAAGAAGCUUCGAACGCUUCGGACGGCCCGAAAUCAAUUGAGAUUUCUAUCAAAGGGGCUGAAAGCUCCGAUCUCAAUCCAAUGGGUCGAUGUCGUAGGACGCGCAGGAGGCAGGACACAGCACGAGUCCCGUUGACCAUGAAGGCGGGCGUUGCGACCGCUAUGCUGCUGUUGAUCCAGGGAGUGGCAGGACAAACGUGCGGACUCGCAGCGUCGACAUUGUCUACGAGCUGUGACGACGCGUGCUCACAGUAUGAACCGUGCGUGAUGUACAGCGCAUCGUCGUGCCCUUCAGGAGCUUUGUGCAUCACAACCAACGAGUGUGCGAUUCAAUGCUUUGACAAGCCGUUGAACGAUCCAGAAACCUUUACGUUUUUGAUAGAGUUUGGGUCGUACGAGAGCAGUCGGGAGAAGGAGAGAGCAGAAAGCAGUGAAUCUUCGCUCCAGCAACAGGUUGAAGCCAUCCCCGAUGAGACCGACACGUACGCUGCAGGGAGUAAUGACGCAGUCUCCAACAUCAGCACGAUCGAACUCCAGCCAACCGUGACAUCAUUUGUUUUGGUGGGAGGCAGCAGUGUCAACUCCUCGGUGAAGAGCAAAGUGGCGAAGGUGGCAUUUGCCUCCGACGUCAUCUCUACACAAUCUAACGUCACGAAUGUGGUGAUGAACAACUUGGAUCUCUCGACUCCAGCUACGCUUCAACAGCUACCUGCUGUAUUACCAACGUCUCUGCAGAAAUUGAGCCUCGCCAACACGCUGCUCUCUGCAUUCCCGACUCUGGUUGCAAAUUUUACCAGUCUUCAAAGUCUUGACCUGGACAAAAACUACAUCACCGAGAUCGCUGCAACAGCAGCACUUAACUCGCUCAUCCACCUGAGCUUUCAAGACAAUGAUCUCAGCUCUUUUCGCGCUGUAUUCCCCAACCUGGUCACACUGGACUUAAGCGACAACAACUUCACCGAUAUCCCAGCCAGUAUUUUCAUUCAUGACAGCCUGAAAGAGUUAAAGAUGAAGGGCAACCCGCUCACUUCUCCGUGGUUUACUCAAGAUCAAGCAACUUUUCUGAGCGAACUCACCACGUUUGAUCUCGAAAAUUCGGACUUCACGAAUGCGAUCGACAGUUGCAGCAGUUCCAAUCAGCUACAAGUGCAUUCGUUGACUGUGUGCAUCUCGGAUAGUACAAACGACGACAGUGAAGAAGCCAGCAGUUCAUCGAACGUAUUGGUCAUUGUGGGCUCCAUCGUUGGAGGGUUAUUAGUCCUCGUAGCUGUGGUGUUAGCUGGGAUUUGGCUGUACAGGAGUCGCGUACGAAGACACAACAAUCGCUCCAGAGUUGUUCGAGAGUCGUAUUUCGGUGGUUUAUCGCCACCUCUAGCUCGGUCUCCCGCUGAUAAAGGCUAUCGUGGUGGCCGACGCACACCUGUGAGUGGAGGGCCUCGAUUUUGUAGCGACUACGAGUACGAGGAGAGUAAUUACUCACCUCGUAUUUCGACGCGCAGUACACAGAGCAACCAAAGCUCAACGGCGUAUUCACUCUGGAACGAUGAGGAGUUGCUGUCACUACAAGUCAAGUAUGAAGAGAUUGAGGAUAUCGGUACGAUCGGCAGUGGAGCAUUCGGUGUCGUAUGGCUGGUUAAGUACCGCGGGUCUCAAUUGUUAGCUUCCAAGCGACUUCGAUCCGACCACGUGACCAAGCAGAGAACACAGGCUUUCAUCGAGGAGAUCAAGAUGGUGGCUCCAUUGGAUCACCCGAAUGUAGUGCGGUUAGUUGGGUGUGCUUGGACUAUCGAGAGUGACUUGCAGGCGCUGUUCGAGUACAUGGAGAACGGUGAUCUGCGUGACUAUCUUGUGGAUCCGAACUCUCCUCGUCAUUGGAGUCAGGAAUUGUUGCAAUUGGCUGCGGAUAUCAUCGAGGCUUUGGUGUACGUGCACUCGUUCACUCCGCCUUUGGUACACCGCGAUCUCAAGUCGCGAAAUGUGCUUUUGACGGGUGAUAUGAAGGCCAAAGUGACCGAUUUUGGUGCGUCACGAUACAAAUCAGUGGACGAGACCAUGACUGCAGCAGUCGGAACGGGACGCUGGUUAGCGCCUGAGGUCAUUUCAGGCAGUAGCAAGUACGAUCAGUCCGUGGAUGUCUUCUCAUUCGGCGUUGUCUUGUCCGAAAUGGACACACACUCGAUCCCGUACGAAGAUGUGCGUGGAGCGAAUGGCAAUCGUCUGAAUGAUAUUGCCAUCUUACAACUCGUGGCUACGGGUCAACUUCGUCCUAGAUUUGGAGCUAGCUGUCCACCAGAACUCCGUAUGUUGGCCGAACGAUGUCUAGAUCAAGACCCUGAAAAUCGCCCUCCAGCUCACGUCGUGGCCUACGAGCUUCGAGUCAUCCAGCGAUCACACUAUACACUCCUCUAACCAUAGAACUAAGUAUCAAUAUCAUUAAACCACGAAGAGAAAAAGCAGCAAGAACUAGUUAAACGCGCCGGA